AUGGAUCUUGAUCUUGUACUUCGGACUGAGAAAUCCACUCCAAUUGUGAAAAACCCAGAUGAAGAUAAGGUUGGAAAGUGGGAACACUCAAACCGAAUGUGUUUGAUGAUCAUGAAGCGAUCUGUUCUAGAAGUAUUUUGGUGCUCUAUUUCUAAGAGCCACAACACUAAAGAUUUCCUUGAUGUUGUUGAGCAGUAUUUCACCAGUAAUGAAAAAGCUGAUGCAAGCAAUUUGCAUGCUAAACUUAUCUAUAUGAGACACAAAGGUAAAGGAAAUAUAAGGGAGUACAUUAUGGAAAUGUCUAAUCUCGCGUCAAAACUAAAAGAACUAAAGUUAGAGUUGUCUGAUGACUUGCUCGUGCACCUAGUUUUAAUUUCCCUUCAUACACACUUUGGGCAGUUCAAGGUGAGUUAUAAUACUCAGAAAGAUAAAUGGACCUUGAAUGAACUGAUUUCUCACUAUGUGCAAGAGGAGGAAAGGAAACAAAGAGAAAAGACUGAAAGUGCUCAUUUGGCGUCAAGCUCUCAAAAUAGGAAGAGAAAGAAUAAUAAGGAUGUUGCAAAAGGACUUCUCAACCCAGGCACAUGA